CCUUUGAUGUCCCCAAUGUCCCUUUAUUGUCCCCAGGCUGUUGUUGAGCGCUGGCUGUGGCUCCGUCGGGGUCUGUGAUGUCCCUAAAUGUCCCUUUGAUGUCCCCAAAUGUCCCUUUGGUGUCCCCAGGCCGUGGUGGAACGUUGGCUGUGGCUCCGUCGGGGUCUGCGCCGUCAGGAUCUGAGCCGGGAGCAGUUCCUGGAGGAGGUUUGGGACUGGAAGCGCCGCCAUGGGGACGAGAUCCUGGAGCAGCUCCGGGCCCUCGGGGCCUCCCUGGACUGGACCCGCUGUGCCUUCACCAUGGACCCCGGCUUUUCCCGGGCCGUGUCCGAGGCCUUUGUCCGACUGUUCCACUCGGGGCUCAUCCACAGGGAGCGGAGACUCGUCAGCUGGAGCUGCACCCUCAGAUCUGCCCUGGCUGAUAUUGAGGUGGAGCACCGGGCUCUGCCGGGCCCCACCUCCCUGAGCCUCCCCGGGUGUCCCAACCCCGUCACCUUCGGCCUCCUCGUCACCUUCGCCUACCCCGUGGAGGGGGACGACGGGCUGGAGGUCCCCGUGGCCACCACCCGCCCCGAGACCCUGUUUGGGGACGUGGCCGUGGCCGUUCACCCGCGGGACCCCCGGUACCAGCACCUCCACGGGCGCCGCCUCCGACACCCCUUCAGUGGGAGGGUCCUGCCCCUGAUCACAGACCCCAGUGUGGACCCCGACACUGGAACUGGGGCGGUGAAGGUGACCCCUGGUCACAGUGUCCCUGACCUGGCCCUGGCCCGAGCCCACGGGCUGCCCCUGCUCUCGGUCAUCAACGACGACGGGACCCUCAACCCACCGGGGGGGGGGGUGGCUGCAG